UUUAUUUACAAGUUAUUUAAAGGGACUAGGUGGGCGUUAGCGUGUAUAUUAGGUCCAUACAGUCAAUGUAAAGAUUUCAUCUGGCUGAAAUGUUUGCGGCUAUUGUAGGGAUUGACUCGGUUCUGUGUUCGGAGGAGGCCCAGUUUGCCGAGUUCAGCGUCAGUUAGAACAAUAAAACCCACACACACGAUGAAGGAAGUGGAAUAUGUUCAUCAGAACAGAUCUGAAAGUCUGCCUUUAGAAGACGGCGUGCAGAUGAAACAGCUCGGCGUCCGUCCGCCGCAGGAUGUCGGUAGAAAGCAAACAGCCGAAGAUCCGCGUCUUUGGGGGAUGAAAGACAAGGUUUCUUUGAGUCUAAAGCUGGGCCAGCAGGACCCAGUGCCUUUCUACAUAAAGGAGGAAGAAGAGGAACUUUGGAUAUGUCAGGAAGGAGACAAGCUCCUUGGAGAAGAGGAAACUAAAUUUACCAAAUUCCCAAUCAAUGUUAUUGUAAAGAGUGAAGAUGAUGAAGAGGAACCCUGUGAAGAGUCCUCACAGCUUGAUCAGAGCCAAACUGACACUACAGAGGCAGAGCGUCCAACCAGCAGCUCAUUUAAAUGGAUUAAAACAGAAACUGAUGGCGAGGACUUGGGACGACUUGAACUUAUCUGGAAGUCGGAUCCAAAUAAUUUCAAAACUGGUAAACACAGAAGUGUUGCAGAUUCCUCUAAAACCGAAGGCAGUGAAGAUGAUGGUGAUCAUGGUUGUAAUAAUUGGCAGGGAUCUUUGGGAGUAACUGAAAAUAGAUGGAAGGGAAGCCAAUUUGCAGAGUCAGGGAUGAACAGUGAUGCUGCCAAAAAGGCCUUCAGCUGCUCUGAGUGUGGUAAGCAGUUUCUGGACGAGCAGUCUCUCAAGAGACACAUGAGACGCAACACUGAAAAAAGUUCUUCCGACUGUACAGUUAUUCAGAAAUGCUCUGAAGUGAAGCAAAAGGCGGAUUCACAGACCAAAGUCCACACAGGCAAGAAAAACUUCAGCUGCGACAUGUGCGGCAAAACAUUCAGAGAUCAUUUCAGCCUUACGUCUCACAUCAGGGUGCACACAGGAGAGCAGCCGUUUGGUUGUGACGUAUGUGGUAAAAGGUUUAAGCACCAGCAUGACGUGAAGAAACACAUGAGAGUCCACACCGGAGAGAUGCCAUUCUGCUGCGAUGUCUGCGGUAAAAGAUUCAAGCAUCAGCACAAUCUGAAGACGCACAUGAGAAUCCACACGGGGGAGAAGCCUUAUGUUUGUGACAUUUGUGGGAAAAGAUCAAGGUUCCAGCAUAACCUGAAAACACACAUGAUAAUCCAUACCGGCGAGCGGCUGUUUGACUGUGAUCUUUGUGGGAAAAAGUUCACUUGCAAGAAGAGCCUUAAGGCACACGAGUCGGUGCACACCGGCGAGAAACCGCACAGCUGUGAGAUCUGUGGUAAAAGUUACAAACGAAAGACGCACCUCAGGACUCACAUGACGUCCCACACUGAGGAAAGGCCGUUUGGCUGUGAAGUUUGCGGUAAACGAUUUAACCGUAAAACAUACCUUGAGACACACAUGACAGUCCACACAGGUGAGAAGCCUUACAGCUGUGACUUUUGCGGUAAACGAUUUACCAGGAAAACUCACCUGGAUUCACACAUUAUUGUGCACACAGGGGAAAAACCGUUUGGCUGCGCCGUCUGUGGGCAGGAAUUCACCCAACAGGGAAGUUUAGAUCGACACAUGAGAUUGCACUUAGGUUAACGGGUGUGUUUUUUUGUUUGUUUUCUUUUUUAUGCAAUGUCAAGGCUAGUAAUAUGGGUAACGAACUCUCAAAUUUACCUUUUUUCUUAAACUGGACUCUCCCACUACCUUUACUCUGGUAUCAUGUAUUCUAAGCUCUAGGUUGAAAUGAGACCAACCACACAUCAUCUUGAAACCAAUACAUCCUAAAGAUUUAUGGAAAAUUAACUGAAAAGUUAUCUAAUAGACUCUUAAGAAGUGACAUAUUAUGUUGAGUAGUUUAAAAAAUUAUGUUUAGUAGGUAGAGUAGUAUUGGGG